AUGACCGCGAUUGUAACCAUUCGCGUUUCGGUUCAAGUCGUCGGAACCCGAAACGAAAUAAUUGUCCUCCCCGUCGAAAGCAUUGGAAAGAUAGGACCCAAUCCGGUUGAGGUCGUAGCGGAACCCGACAUUGAUUCCAAGCCGCAGCAACUGCAGCAGCAGACAACUGUCUCUGCUCGUGAUUCCGCAGUCAAUCAGUGGUGA